AUGCCCGCCUCCGACCACGAGCACGAAGAUGAGAUCCGUAACGGUCACAGCAACGGACGAUACAAAGCAAAGUCCGGCUUGCAUCGUGCCGAAGAGACCGAGGAUCUCAUCGAGGCGAUAAAAUCACUCAUAGUACCCUACAUCCGCGAGGCGGACGAGGCGGCGGCGGCCAAAGCAUCGGGUCGCGCGCAGGUGGAUUCGCACGGGCACGAACGAGGUCGAAACGCCCUCGUCGAACCUCACAAACCGCGGGAGCUGCUGGACCGCCUCCGCUUCUCGCUGCCUCGGGCUGAAGGAGAGGGGAAGGACGGGCUCGUCGACGCCAUCCAGCGCAUCCUCCGGUACAGCGUCAACACCUGGGACCAGGGAUUCCUCGACAAGCUGACGGCCAGCACGAACGCCGUCGGCGUCGUGUCGGAGAUGGUGCUCGCCGUGCUCAACACAAACGUCCACGUCUACCAUGUGUCGCCGGCCCUGACCGUCGUCGAAAAAGUCACGGCGCGGGCCCUGGCGUCGUACUUUGGCUUCGACGGCCCUCACGCCGGCGGCGUCACAUGCCAGGGGGGCAGCGCGUCCAACCUGACGUCGCUCGUCAUCGCCCGAGCCGCGCUCUACCCCGAGACGAAGUUGCUGGGCGCUCAGGGGCACCGCUUUGCCGUCUUCACCAGCGAGCACGGCCACUUCUCGGUCGAAAAGGCUGCCGUAACGUGCGGCAUGGGCGCGGCGAGCGUCGUAUGCGUGCCCGUGGAUGCCGCCGGCCGCAUGGAGCCGCCGGCGCUGCGGUCUCUCAUCCUCGAAGCCCUGGCCCAGGGCAGGACGCCGCUGUACGUCAACGCCACGGCGGGCACGACGGUGCUGGGCGCCUACGAUCCGAUCGGCAAGAUUCGUUCCAUCUGCGACGAGUUCGGGCUCUGGCUGCACGUCGACGGCUCCUGGGGGGGCGCCGUCUGCUUCUCCGAAAGGCACCGGCACAAGCUCGACGGCACCGAGCUGGCCGACUCGCUGACCAUCAACCCGCAGAAGAUGCUCAACGUGCCUAUGACAUGCUCCUUUCUGCUCACAAACGACUUGCGCCGCUUCCACGCCGCGAACUCGCUGCGGGCCGGGUACCUGUUUCACGACGCCGAGGGCGACGACGUGUGGGACCUCGCCGACCUGACGCUUCAGUGCGGACGAAAGGCCGACAGCCUGAAGCUUGCGCUUGCCUGGAUCUACUACGGACCGACGGGCUUCGGCGACGGCAUCGACCACGCGUUCGACAUGGCGUACCACCUGACCGACUUGGUCGUCCGGUCGGCCGACUUUGAGCUCGUAUCGCUCAGCCCGCCAUCGUCACUUCAGGUGUGCUUCUACUACGCGCCCGGGGGUAGCGUCUCGGACGAGGCGGAAGAAAACUCACGGCGCACGAGGGCCAUGGUGGACAAGAUGCUCGGUCGGGGCUUCAUGUUCGACUUUGCGCCCGGGCCGAGGGGCCACUUCUUCCGCGUCGUCGUCAACUGCCAGACGCUCAUCGGGACGGUAAACGGCUUGUUCAAGGGCCUCGAGGAGGCUGGUCACGAGGUCAUGAGUCGUCCGGGGUGA